UGUUCUAUGACUCAAAAUAAUGAUAAUAACAACAACAACAACAACAUCAACAACAAUAGUAAUAAUAAUGGCAGACAAUAACGGAGAUCGCAACUCUAAUACAAUAGUUGAUGUUAUUAUGACUUACGGUGCAUCUCGCGGAUGCACAAGGCUUACGGCGCGACAAUAUGAACACGAUCACCCGAAUCAGCGGCAUCCUAACCCUUCCACGGUAAUUCCACUAGUGAACAGAGCUCGCAGUGGGGAUCUCAAAAGAAAACGAUCUAAGAGAGACCGCGAUGAAGACCCAUUAACAGUCACAGUGCUGGGAAUGGUUGCAAUGAAUUCUCACGUCAGUCAACGCGAAAUAACACGGGAAAUAAACAUUUCACGGUGGAAAUUUGGGCAAAUAUCGAAAAAAUUCCAUAUCCAUUCCUAUCAUAUUUCACUCCACCAAAAACUUACUGAUGAUGAUAAGGUUGCGCGGGUAGCAUUUUGUAGGUGGGCUCAGGAUCAAUUGGGCUGUGAUCCGAUGUUUUGUAACCGCAUAAUAUGUAGUGAUGAAGCAACAUUCCAAAAUACCGGGGAAUUAGAUAGGCAUAAUUGUCACUACUACUCGGACGUGAAUUCGCACUGGGUCUGACAACUUGACAAC